AUGAUUCGGCCACCUUCACCGCCCGACCGACGCCAACACCAAUGCCAACAACGCGUUGCCCCUCGCAACCUCUUCGCCCGCACGUUGUUUACUCCUCCACCCGGCGAUCCAGCCAACCCCAAGGAUCGACUCACCACGCUAGUUGUACCGGUCGAGGCGAGUGGGGAUCCGAUCCUCGAUGUUGCCGUUGAGACACUGUUCAAAUCCCCCCGGCUGCCCGGAUUUUGGAUUCUUGUUUUCCUCUUCUUCGUCGAGCUCUGUUCCCCUUCUUCGAUCUUGCAUAGCAUUUUGUUUUCUGCAUUGAUUCCUUUGCGCUUGUCUGCUCGGUUUCUGCUCGCGUUUGUUUACGUUUCAAAGAUCCCUACUUCCGGCCCUCAUAUCUUUGAUGACGCCAACCGUGCUCCUGCCCGAACCUCGGUUUUCAGGGCGAUCAUGUCUUCCAAAGCCCAUAAACGAAACCAAUCUGCCGACGACGCCAUGCCCCCACCAUCAGUGAACAAGCAAUCGGGGCCUGGGCCUUUCCCAUGGACGGAGCAGGCUGCUCCCAGCUCGGGUCAUCUUCCGCUGGGGGAGAUCGUCCCCAACCGGGACGCGGGCGAUAACAUGCCUGGCCAGAGACCCAACAACAAAGAGAGCAAAGGUGCUCUCCAUAAGAAGACCAAAAGCGCAGUGUCUCUCAAGUCGUUGAGAAGCUACAUGGAACGAAAGGACAAUAAGUCUGACGAAAGAUCCAUCGUUGAUUCAGAGGAAAUGAAGCCUAAAAAGGCUAAGUCUUCUAACAGCCUAUCUGCUAUUCUCAAACGGUCCCAGCGGGGGCGCAAGGAUGGCGCAAAGCAGAGCCGCGAUAAAGAAAACCGAAGCCCCACAGAUCUGGUGGACAAUAUGCCAUCUCCACUUUGGCCUCAAGAGAACCCCCUCUAUCAAGCACCCAGUAGCCGAUCCAGGCAGAACUCUACAGCGGACAGGCGUCGCAGUGUCGCCGAGGAGGUUUCGCUCUACACACCCAAGGGAUACAGCCCAGCUCAGCAACGAAACUUUUAUGACUACCAUCAGCCCUCUCUCACCCGUACCGGAGAGGCAAAGCCUCGACCCAAGUCGGAAUGCCUGGCGGGAAAUCGAAAGAUGAGGGAUGUGAUGGGCUCUCUCCAAAGGGCUCCAACCGGAGAUAAUGUCUCAAUUGAUAGUGCUUCAUCGAAGGGAACAGGACUGACAAGGGCGAGAAAGACAUCACCCUCCGAGUCCCCUGCUCCCCCGGCCAAGGAUCAGGCCAACCCGAAGAGACUGUCUCGGGUUCAGGCGGCCAUCUCGGCUUUCAAUGCAAAAGAACGGGAUGCAGAGGUACACCAGCAUUUGAAUUCCAAAGAUCUGGAAAGUGAAUUUGAGAAGUUGCUGGAUGCGAGAAAUAUUCCUCACAAUAUGCGUGAUAAGAUGCGGUCUCUUGAUACCAACAUCAAGGCUGAUUUUAUCCAGAAGGAUCGGUUUGAAAACGGCACUCCCCACAGUGCCGGGGCUCCAGACAGCCGCCGUGGUCGUGGAAAGGAGUCCAAGGAUUCCCAGGACCGCAAGGGCUCACGGUCACGUUCUCGAAGCCGUGGGUUUACCUUUGGCCGGGGCUCUUCAUCGCCUGGCAAGAAGGCUCGCCCAGAUAGUGGGACUUUCAGCCGGCCAAGAUCAGUGGAUCUGUCGCAGCCUGUGGGUGUUUACACUACGCUCUCAGCCGCAGGGUCAACGGCUUCUCUUUCUGAAGCAGCAGCUGUCGACACUGCCGCUGACCCGUCUGAUUUUGUUCACUACCUGCGAGAGAUCCAGAAACCAGAGAUGAUCGAGGUGGGCAAGUUGCACAAACUCCGUCUUUUGCUCCGAAACGAAACCGUAAGCUGGGUUGAUGGUUUCAUUGCCGAAGGAGGCAUGGAUGAAAUCGUUCAACUCAUUUACCGUAUCAUGAAGAUGGAAUGGCGAGAGGACCAUGAAGAUACCCUUCUUCAUGAAGCGCUGCUUUGUCUAAAGGCUCUAUGUACCACAUCCAUUGCCUUGGCACAUCUGACUAGCAUUGAGGCCGAACUCUUUCCGGCUUUGCUCAAAAUGCUAUUUGACGAGGAGAAGAAAGGUCCUAGCGAGUUCACCACUCGGGGAAUAAUAAUCAACCUCCUGUUCACUCAGCUUUCGGCGGUUUCUCCCAAUGAGCUACCCUCCAAGCGUGCCAUGCGGAUAUUGUCAUACUUGAGAGACCCAUCUCCAGAGGCGGAUAAUCAGCCUGUAUCCUUCAUCGCCAAUAUAUACCAGUCUCGGCCGUACCGUGUCUGGUGUAAGGAGGUAACCAACGUCACCAAAGAGGUCUUUUGGAUCUUCCUUCACCACCUCAAUGUGAUUCCUACGCCCAAAGCAGAUCCCAAGUCUGAUGAUCCCUUCACGGAAUCCCGCCGAUUGGAGGCAGGCCCCUACUAUCAGCGGCAUUUCCCUCCACCUCGCCCUCCUGUGCCCGCUGCCCCGUAUGUCGGAGGCGUUGAGUGGGAUGCAACCAACUACCUUGCUGUCCAUCUUGACCUCCUGAACGGAUUGAUUGCCUCUCUACCAACCACAGAUGAACGUAAUCAACUCCGAUCCGAGCUCCGUGCCUCUGGGUUCGAGAAGGUGAUGGGCGGUAGUCUGCGGACCUGCAAGGAGAAGUUCUACUCAUCCGUUCACGACUGCCUUCGCACCUGGGUUGCUGCCGCCGUUGAGGAUGGCUGGCCCUACCUCCUUGUUCGCGAAGGUCCCCCUCGUGCCGGCGAGCCCGGUUCACCUACGAAAUCUCCCAAGAAGUCUGCUCCGGGUAGCCCGAAGAAGGGGCUCCUGGAUGAAAAACCACCAAAGCUCGACCUGGCUUUGGACUUUUCAGACAGCCGACCUGCCGCUUCAGGCCCUUUGACCCCAUCGAGUGAUCUGCGCAGCUGGCUUUGA